AUGACGGAAAAGGAAAAGAAGGAGGAAGUCUCGAACGAAGAGAAGAAGAAGCGUCGAUUUUCAUUCUCGUCCCAAUUUCGGCGUGCCAGUCGCUCCAGAACCAGACCGAGUAGUGUGGCGCUGCCGAAAACUACUCCAUCCGUCCUUGACUCGACACCUAAGACCUCGCCUCCCCGCGAGCUCCAUCACUACCUGAUGGGGGAACGUCGGCCGCAUUCUUUCCAUGCUCCAGACUCUUGGGUCGGCACUCCACCGGCUGCUCUCAACGAGUACUUCAAUACUACAGCGAUGCGAAGAAGCUCUUCGCAGGCGCAUUUGGGCAUAUUGCCGUCGCCAGCAAAGAGUGCCUUUUCAAAUCAGGACAAGGACGCUGAAGACUAUGUUCCUCCCGUUCCACCCAUUCCAAACGAGGUUGCCAUCAAGCAUUAUCGACAGGGAUCUUUCCAACCAGACCUACCUACAGCAGAAUCUGAUGAUCUCCGACGCGAUGGGUUUCAAUUCGGGUUCAGUGACGAAUCGCCAAAGAGGGUCAGAGAUGAUCGCAUCGAUGACGACGAUCAACCGCCACAGUUGAAUCACGAUCCAUUACCAACAUCCUUGCGACAUGGCCAGCAACCGCCGCCUAUGUACACUAACAGACACAUGGAUGUGAGCGAUGAAGACAGCGACAGGGAGCUUGUUCGUGGAAGAAGCUUGGCACCAGUGACAGCACUGAAUGCGAAACAGGAAUCUGACAGUGUCAGCCCUGUACUAGCUCCUGUGGGCAAAUCUGCCAGUACUACAUCAGAUAAGGACGGGGAUGUGGGGGAUGUCGAGCGCGAUGACCGAAUGCGUGGAGCCCGGGUCAUCAGGUAUGAAGACACACCCUUUGUGCUGGCGCGACAGUCACCAGACAAUGUCGCUGCUAUAGAAUGGCCGUCUAUGAAUCCUCUCAGUACCCUAAGUUCGAAAGAAAGGCCCCGGGAGUCUGCAGAACACUCGUUCCUGGACAUCGGACACGAGACGUUUGUUUACGGCAGCGCUUCGGUUCCGCAGCACCACACAGUCAACGAGCUCGCCAGCGCAGAACAAACGAUCCGCCACGGAGAACGUGCAUCUAAUGUUGAAUCGCCUACUCUCGGUCUUCUUGAUGAUGCCUUUCGUACUGGCAAAGUCUGGCGAGUAUCGUCGCUCGAAGCUAGUGUACCUGUAUCCGAGGCGCCUUUUGAUGUCAAAGACGACGAGGGCAUGUCGAGAGAUGAAAAGGCGGAUGCGGAACGCGCUUUCAGUCCUGUGUGGUUUGCUAAGAGUGACUUGCAGCUUCCGACAAGCACUCGGGAUCUCGGGAAUGCAGAUGGAAGCGCAGAAAUCCGCGCGACAACAUCUGGAGAAGAACGCGACGCGGACGCAGGCAGUCGAGUAAUGGCCGUUGGCGCGAUUGCAGCCCCAGCCCAGCAGGAGAUACGAAGACAUGGGGACCAGGAGCCUUCGCUUAGCCAUACCCUUGCGGGGGCCAGUGCUGCGGCGGCUGACAGCGACACCUCGACGCGCUCCGCGCCGCCCUCCUUAGUUGUCGACGCCGCUGAAAAGCAUACCGCCUCCGGAUCACUUAGUCCAUCAUGGGGCCGCGGACACAGCAUCAUUGAUCCACGCGUGGCUGAGCGCGCUUCCGAUGAGAUGGGGGACGAAAGCAACCUCGUCACGCCCGCCGGGCAGGUUCCGCGCAUUACCACCCAGAACGGUCCGGAGACACCCAAGGCUGGACAACCGUACAGCGAGCAUUCACGUCCCGCCAUGUCAAACAGCCACUCCCAUGGCCAGGCCAGCUUUCCGGACUUCAAGCACCAAGCACAGCAACUGCAGGUUUUAAAUAGCGCUACGGCGGCUCCAGAACGGUCAAGAUCCAUGCUCUCGCAGAUAUCUGCCAUGGUUUCUGACGAGGGAAGCAACCCUUACUCUCAAACAUCUACUGGAAGAUCAACCCCGUCAACAAUUCGUCGCAUGCAGCCAGAGUCCACCGUGAAGCCUUCGGCAGUCCCACCACAGAUUCCAGAGGAGAUUUUGAUUGUACUUACCGAACCCGCCAGCAAACGUCGUACCGCCCUCGGAUCGGAGCGCAUUGAGGCACCAGCCAAUGCUUGCAUCUGGCCCAUCUCCAUCCAAGAAUAUCUUCCAGGCGGUAAAGUCAAUCGAUCCCAGUAA